AUGCAGCUGCAGUGGGAGGGAGAGGAAACCCACCCCCCUCGCUCGGCGACCGCCUUUGUAACCGCUCAGCCCGGCCCUACGCGCAGCAGCUCGGGGAGCGCCGGAGCGCGGCGGCGGGAGCAGAUGGAGCCUGAAGGUUGCCCUUGUUCUCCUUUCCAAAUCAAAUGCCACAUUGACUCAAACCAAGCACUGGAAGCAUGUGGAGAACUGCAGCACAUCAGCCCAGCACAAUGUAUCCAUCAAGCUGGAAGAAAGCCCAAAACCAAAACUCCACUGCCCAAAACACAUCCUCUGCAGAAGCCCCAAGUACCUCCUAAGCCUGUCCAUCUCAAAGUUGGGCAGGAGAGAAUUCCUCCUGCACCUUCUCGGCCUUUACCAGCUGACCCCAAGUUGUCAAGGAGCUUAGCACCUGGGGAGGAAGAAAUCCCAAUAUCAGCAGGAGUCAACACGCUCAUUGAGAAGUUUGAGAGCAUUAGGCAGCCUGUGCAUAUCCUUCAAAGAAACCAGCUGAAUUUGGCUCUUAAGAUGGAACCUGGCUUGGACUCUGGAUCCAAACAACUGAGCUCGUGUGACUGUGACCUGGUGGCCUCCAGCAGCUCUUCCACAAAUGAAAAAAGGGAAGAGUGUGAAAAUGAGCCAGAGCUGCCUUGUAGCACAGAUCUGUCGAACACAGACAUCAUGAAAAUCAAAGAGCUAAGCAUAGGCGACAAGAGCCAUGAAGACUCUACUGCUGUGACUGUGAGCAAGGAGUCCUCUGGAGAGCUGGGCAGUAAGGACUUAACUGCAGAGCUGAGCAGUAACGGGAAGAUUCCCAACAGGGACAGUGGCAUCGACAGUCCUUCUUGUAGCGUGGCAGGGGAAGCUUUCCCCAGCGAAGAGGGGACAGAGCAAAAGAAGCCCAGUGGGGCUGGGAACCCAGGAGAGAUGGAACCUGACAAAAAGGGCACCAAACCCUCCUCUGCGGAGCACAAGAGAGACUUUGUGCAGGAUGAAGACAGUGACAUUGAUGAAGGAAGCAGCGAGGAGCAAGAGACAGCAGAAGUGCCAAAGUUAGAGUAUUUGGAUGUAAACAAGUGUACAGAGCCCCAAAAGCUAUUCAACAUCGCAAAUGAGCUGCUGCAUACAGAAGAAGCUUAUGUGAAAAGACUCCAUCUGUUGGACCAGGUGUUCUGCAUGAAGCUGUCAGAAGCAGGCAUUUCAUCUGAAGUGAUAACGGGCAUCUUCUCAAAUAUUUCUUCCAUCUACUGUUUCCAUGGACAGUUUCUCCUUCCUGAGCUGAAAACAAGAAUCACACAAGAAUGGAGUGUCAACCCACGGCUGGGAGACAUCCUGCAGAAACUGGCUCCUUUCCUGAAGAUGUAUGGAGAGUAUGUGAAGAACUUCGACAGAGCAAUGGACAUGGUGAACACGUGCAUGCAGAGGUCCUCUCCAUUCAAAGAUGUCGUUCAGAACAUACAGAAGCAGGAGGUGUGUGGGAAUCUGACGCUGCAGCAUCACAUGCUUGAACCAGUGCAGAGGAUUCCUCGUUACGAGCUUCUCCUAAAGGACUAUUUAAAGAAACUUCCAGAAGAGUCUCCAGACAGGAAAGAUGCUGAAAAGUCAUUGGAGCUGAUAUCGACGGCAGCGAACCACUCGAACGCAGCCAUCCGCAAGAUGGAGAAGAUGCACAAGCUGUUGGAAGUCUACGAGCGGCUGGGCGGUGAGGAGGAUAUUGUAAACCCGGCCAAUGAGCUCAUCAAAGAAGGACACAUUCAGAAGCUCUCAGCCAAGAACGGCACAGCACAGGAUAGGUAUUUGUUCCUGUUUAACAGCAUGGUGCUCUACUGUGUGCCAAAGCUGAGGCUGAUCGGCCAGAAGUUCAGCGUUCGAGAGAAGAUGGACAUUGCAGGACUGCAGGUCCAAGAAAUUGCCAAGCAAAACGUGACUCACACAUUCUCCAUAACAGGGAAAAAGAGAUCACUGGAGCUACAAGCCAGGACAGAAGAGGAGAAGAGGGAGUGGAUUCAGGUCAUUCAAGCAACAAUUGAGAAGCACAAACAGAACAGUGAGACGUUUAGAGCUUUCAACAGCUCUUUUUCUCAAGAGGAGGAGCAUCUUCCUGAUUCCUCAAUAGCGAGCACCAGCUCAGUGGAAUCAAUGCCAGGAGCAGAUGGUGCUGGUGCAUUUGGAGGGAGUGAUUCCUGUAGGAAGUCUUCCAAGUCCAAGAGAGAGAAGGAGAAGCAGGCCUGCAAGAGCUGCAGUGAGAGCUUCAACUCCAUCACCAAGAGGCGGCACCACUGUAAGCAGUGCGGGGCAGUGAUCUGUGCAAAAUGCUCCGAGUUCAAGGCACUGGCAGACAACAGCCGCCACAACCGGGUGUGUAAGGAGUGCUUUGGGCAGCUAGCAGUAAGCCCCUGCAGCCCUGGAGUGGAAGCAGUUGGAGAACAGAAGAAAAGACUGGCUGCAGAGAAGCAAAGCCUCUUAGCAGCAGAAAACAGCCUCUUCAGCAGCUACCUCCAGUUCCUUGAAAAAGGGAAGACUUGGUACAAAAUGUGGGUGACCAUCCCCAAGGCUGAACCCCUUGUCCUGUAUCUGCAAGCAAGUAGCCAGGAUGGCCGAAGCCCACGCCCCGUUCCUUUGCCUGGGUAUGAAGUCAGCUUGCCAGGCUCUGGUGAGAAGUUCGAAGUGAAGCAUGUCUUUAAGCUUCACCAGUCCCAGCAAACACUUUAUUUCAGUGCAGAAGAUGAAGAGCUGCAAAUGAAAUGGAUGGAAGUUCUCACCAAAGCAGCCAAAGGGGAAACGGAAGAUGCAGCUGAAGGGCUUGGCAACCCAUAGAGCAAGUUCCAUUUCACUGCUUUCUUACAUGCUAUAAACCAUCACUUGAAUUUGGUAUUCAUGGCACUUUGAAAUCUGUAUGGCUUUAUAUUUUCAUGUGUUUGCAUAGAAAACUCAGUGGUUUCUCUCCUUUCAUUCUACAUUUCUCACCUGCAGUAGCUCCCUGGCAGAUGUUAUGUUAAAGGCAAAGGUAGUUAGAGUUGUUGGUGAUGUAGAUGCUGGUUUGGAAACAAAAGACAAGGAGAAAAGCAUUAAUUGUAACAAAGGUAAUGGAAGACCAUCAGUCUCUUUUUUUCCUAAAUGUAUAUUUUCCAGUCCUUUUGGUUGUUGUUCAGUGCAAGAUGUGUAUAGUCUGUGAUUAGUUCUCUAAAUGCUGCCUUUUAAGUUAAAUGUUGUAAAGGCUUGUGCUGGCCACUGACAUUCCACUCUCCCUCCUGGUGAAAGGUCUUUGUGAAGUGUGAGCACCGUGCCGAGUCCCCCCGUGCUAAACCCUGUCUCUGCCAUCUGGAGAUGACCUUUUCACAAGGCAGAUACCGUAGAAGGGACUUCUAAAAACGACUGCAAACUGUGCAGAACCCAAGAUGAAGAAGCCUCCUUGAUUUUUUUCCGAGCAUUUCUAAUAGAGUUUUGUUUCCUUUUGAAACCAAUCCCUUCCUUUCUCCUGUUUGAACCCACCUGGAUGUAAGCGAGCACGCUUUAUACUGCAAACUGGGUUGUGAUCAAUAAACAAGAACGUUUUCAGUACAAGCAGUGCAGAAAGGUGACUGGUUUUGUGGCAUUGGUUAAUGUAAAAGUGACCUAGGAUUUAUUUAUAUAAUUUGUAAAUAUUGUUUCCUAAGUGUUUUAAGAUUUGUUUUUGAAACACGAAUCUCAGCUAAUUAACAGGAUUUAGUGCAUAGAGUAAGAGAUGUUUGUAUGAACUGAAUAUGUAAUUUAACUUUCUUGUUCACCUGUGUUUGUCUUAUUUUCAACCUGAAAUACUUCUCUAUUUAAAUAAAAAUUCAUGCAGUUAAAUCCUGGGCCAGAUUUCCAAGGCACAGCAAGCUUUAGGUCAACAUUUAAUAGAGGGCUGGGGUUUGUAUUUUUUUUUCUUCUCUUUUUUUAAACCAAAACCCAACAACAAACCAAACCCAAAAGAGUAAAACAAGAAAAAAAAAACAACAAAAAAAAAAGAGGCAUGUCUGUUCCUAGCAGUAGUAAGCAUGUAGUACUGUUAAAAGUGAAAUAAAAUCUGUCACACUACUGUGUUUUUAAA